UCUUGAGGAAACAGAAGACCGAGAGAGUUGGGGGGGAAAAAAAGCGCAAACAUUUAGCAAUCUGGCUAUAAAUUAGUAAAUCUCAGAGCAUUAACUAGCUACACAAUGUCUGAAGAAAAGCCAAAGGAAGGAGUGAAGACUGAAAACGACCACAUCAACCUAAAGGUUGCGGGUCAAGAUGGGUCAGUAGUCCAGUUCAAAAUUAAACGGCAUACUCCGCUCAGCAAGCUGAUGAAGGCGUACUGCGAAAGACAGGGUUUGUCAAUUAGACAGAUACGGUUUAGAUUUGACGGACAGCCAAUCAACGAGACCGACACACCUGCACAGCUUGAGAUGGAAGACGAGGAUACCAUUGAUGUAUUUCAACAACAGACCGGAGGAGGGUCCUUCCUCUCGGAGGCUUCUCUUAAAGGCGUAUGGACCCCUCUGAGUCUCCUCUCCCUCUGAGGACAGAAACACAGUUGAAGAGCAGCAACUUUUAUUUUUUUAUUAUUAAAUAAUUGUUCCGCUUGUUUUUUGUUGUUGUUGUAUUUUGUGAUCGAUCUGCUCGUAGCCAUGGUCUUAUCCUUUUCAUGAUCGCAAGCUGGAUUUCAUGCCACCAAUUCACAAAUGUCUUGUUUAUAUUCGUAUUUUGGAUGGACUAUAAACUGCUUGUAGUCAUGUUUUGGAGAAUGUGUGUUUGUCCCGUGUGUGAAACAAUGGGGGGGGGUUCUACUCAUUCAGGAUUUGUCCCAAAUGGCACCCUAUUCCUCUCCACUACACUAAACAAACUAGUGCACUAUAGGGUGCCAUUUUGGGACAUGUAUUAAAUCUACCAUAGGUUGAGGGACUUGAACAGGUCUCAUAAUAUGCAAAUGAUAUGUGUAUUUUUUUUUUUUUUUAGGUAUUUUUUUUGGGUCUGCUGUUAAGUACAUUUUGCGAAAUAUACAGUCCAAGUGAUCAAUUGUCAUUUUUAAACCUGUACAAUGUGUUGAAGGAAUAUUGUAAAAUGGGGGUGCUCUACCGCUGGUGCCAUUAUGAUUGAAUUGCUGUGUCUCUCUGGAACAAA